UCAGCUCUGUUCCUUUGCUGCCAACACACUCACCAGUAUCGAGGGACUUCGGGGCUGGGGAAAUGACCACCUUUGACAACCUCUUGGAGGAAGCCGGAGAGUUUGGUCUCUUCCAAAAGACCACUUUCACUCUAAUAUGCAUAACAUCGGCGAUGUUCUCUUACCUGUACAUCGGGAUUGUCUUUCUCGCCAUCACUCCUGAGCACUGGUGCAGGAGCCCAGGGGUGUCCGAGUUGAGGGCAAACUGCGGCUGGUCCCAGGAGGAGGAGCGGAACUACACGGUGCCUCAUGGCCUGGCUGAGGGCUCCUCCUACAGCCGCUGCCACAGGUACGACGUGGAGUGGGAGUGGACCCCAUCCGGCCGCUGCGAGACCCCGCUCUCCUUCCUGCCAAACAUCUCAGCAGAGCUGCCCCUCACCUCCUGCCAGGGGGGGUGGGUUUUCGAGGAAGGCUCACACCCGAGCAUCGUCACCGAGUUCGGACUUGUGUGUGCUGAUGCCUGGAAGGUGGAUCUGGCUCAAGCUUGCCUAAAUCUGGGAUUUAUGAUUGGAACAGUAUUCCUGGGUUUUGGGGCAGACAUCUAUGGUAGGAAACUCUGCUUCUUAUUUUCCAAUUUUAUGACCACCGUGUCAGGAAUUGCAGUGGCAUUUGCUCCAAAUUACAUUUGGUUCCUCAUCUUCCGCACUCUGCAAGGGUUAUUCAGCAAGGGAGGUUGGCUCAGUGCCUAUGUCUUAAUUUCUGAGCUAGUUGGACUGAAGCACAGAAGAACAGUGGGGAUUCUAAUCCAGAUGUGUUUCUCCUUUGGGAUGAUGUUACUUUCUGCUAUCGCUUACUUGGUACCAGCCUGGAGGAACCUGCAGCUGGUGACUACCAUGCCGAACUUCAUUUUCAUGGUCUACUAUUGGCUGCUGCCAGAGUCUCCAAGGUGGUUACUGUCGAGAAAGAAAAGAGAAGCAGCUGUGAAGGUCCUACAGAAGGUGGCAAAAAAGAACAAGAAGAGUUUCUCGAUAAAUAUUGAGACAGUCCAAAUUGAAAGUUCUGAAGAUGAACAAAGGAACCCCUCAGUCACAGACCUGGUGAAAACACCACAGAUAAGGAAGCAUACUCUUAUUCUGAUGUACAACUGGUUUGUGAGCGCUAUGGUGUAUCUUGGCCUCGUAAUGCGCUUGGGAAUUAUAGGAGGGGACAUUUACCUCAACUUCUUCAUCUCGGGAGUUAUGGAAAUCCCUUCAGCAGUAAUUAUUGUGCUGCUCAUCGAUCGAGUCGGGCGCCGCUGGCCCUUUGCAGCUGGCAACCUGUUGGCAGGGGUCACCUGCCUGGUAACUGCCUUCAUCCCUGACAAUAUCUUCUGGCUGAAAACAGUAAUCACAUCUUUGGGCAAACUAGGAAUUACGAUAGCCUUUUUAAUGGUCUGUUUUGUAAAUACUGAAUUAUACCCAACAUUUUUAAGAAACUUUGCUGUUUCGAUAUGUUCAGCAAUGUGUGACAUUGGAGGGGUGGUGGCUCCAUUCGUCUUGUACAGGUUGGCUGAGGUGUGGACAGAACUGCCUCUUCUGGUUUUCGGGGUGAUCGCUCUGAUUGCUGGAGGACUUGUCCUGUGCUUGCCUGAAACCAAGGGCAUCAGAUUACCGGAAACCAUCGAAGAUGCAGAAACCCUUGGACAGUAUGUACACGGAGAACUGUGUGGGAGGCUCAACCUAUGCCAGGAGUCAAUCUGAACACAAAAGAGAAGAAGAAAACCGCCCCUCAGACGAGCUACCAGAUGGUAGCACCAUAUUCCUCGGUAGAAACAAGUAACAAGAAGGACCCUGCCUCAGAGAAGAUCAUUGUAUGACAAGAUUAAAUCAUUAAAAGCAAAUACUUAGUAUAUUUAAUGAUCAAUAAUAUUUAAUAGUACAUGCUUAAAGGCUUGCAGUGAGAAGAACUUUAAAAAUCACUCAAAUUCAGUUUUUCUGUGAUCACUUAUAUUAGUGAUUAGUGAUUUCUGAACAUUGUCAUGAACCAGCAACAAAAGAAACACACUGAGCAUGAUUCAGUGUUAAAAACUAUUUUAUUAAUCACUACUUAUGAUAAUACGUAAAAUAAAAGUAAAAAUGUUAGUAUGUUAGACUUCAAAAAUGUUAAACCUUGAACGUUAACCCCAAAACUAAACUCUUCGUGUGUGUGUGUGACAAAGUCCAAAACUCCCAGUUCCGGAAUGGUUCUUAAAGUUCAGUUCCGCAAGCCAUAAGGUGAAACAUGAGCAAGGGCUUCUUCAACAACCACCGUUGUCUGAAGAUAAGACGUAGACGUAGAGAAACAUAGAGAGAGUAAAUACGAAAUCCAAAUGUUCCACGAUGGAACCCCAGCGACACUUCAGUGUUUACUCGGUAGUGACUUCCUCACCCCGAAAAGCAUCCGAAUCGUGGUCGUCCACACACACAAAUACCUGUUUCCUUCUACAGGUCAGCAACAAAGUGAACUCCACCGGAUUACUUCCAACUUCCAUACAUGGAUUUCAGUGGCAGACACAGUUAUUGUUUCUCAUCCAUCGAUAGAGAAAACAAGCAGGCUGGUGUCUCUCUCCCUUCUCUCUCUCUCUCCUUCUUCUUCUUCUUACUACUUCAACAACGUCAUUACAUCCUUUAUCCUCUAUUGACGUAAGCACGCCCCACACACACAAAUACACACACUCUCUAUCUUAAAGGGACUUUCACUGAGUCCAUAACACCUCCCACCUAAAAAAAAAUUUUUCCCAAGAAAAAUUUAACCGCGCAUACAGUUAGUAAUGUUAAUUAUCAUGCUACACAGCUACAGACUAUCAGAUUAGUACAGAUACAUGUUUCCCAUUUAACAUCAGGAAAGACAAUCAGCAAUCACAUUAUCUUUGCCUUUA